AUGUCGUAUCAAGGAUAUGGUCAGCCCUACGGUCAACCGCCACCACAACCAGGCUACGGCCAGUAUCCUCCGCCGCAAGGCCAAUACCCCCCUCAGCAAGGCCAAUACCCUCCUCAACAAGGGCAUUAUCCGCCUCCCCAGCAGGGAGGAUACUAUCAACAGCCGCCUCCGCCUCCGCCGGGCCAUUAUCCUCCUCCUCACCAGCAACCCUACGGCCAACCGCCGCCGCCGCAGCACUACAAUGCUCCUCCGCCUGCACCGUCGCCAUACGGCCAUCACUCGCCUGCGCCGCCCCAGGGCCAGUACGGCGCCCCUCCUCCCCAGCAAUAUGGCCAUCCCGUGCCACCAACGCCUCCGUCGUUGGGAUAUGGCGCGCCUCAGAUCAUUCAGUGGGAUGCCAAUCCCGAUGUGCAGGCAUUGCGGGCUGCGAUGAAGGGUUUUGGCACGGACGAAAAGGCCUUGAUACGAAUUUUGUCCAACAAGGACCCACUACAGAUCGACCUUAUUCGGACGACAUUUGACCGGACAUUCAAACGAAGUCUUAUCGACGACAUCAAGAGCGAGACAAGUCGGUAUUUCAAAGACGGGCUGGUGCAGCUAGCCUACGGUCCUCUGCUGGCUGAUGUCCACAACCUGAGAAAUGCUAUGAAAGGCAUCGGAACCAAGGAAUCAGUCCUCAACGACGUCCUCCUCAGCAGAUCCAACGCUGAUAUCAAGGCCAUCAAGGGCGCAUACCGCCAGCAGUUUGGCAGGUCCCUGGAGCAAGAUGUCAAGGGUGAUCUGAGCAUGAAGACUGAAAGGCACUUCCUCAUGGUGCUUGCGGCCAACAGAGCCGAAGAUGCUGAGCCAGUGGAUCCCCGAAAGGUCGACGAUGCCGUCAUGCAUCUUUAUCAGGCGACUGAAGGCAGGAUGGGCACGGAUGAAAUUCUUGUUUGUCAAAUCUUGACCAGCCACAACGAUAACCAAAUUCGUGCCAUUGCCCACACCUAUAAGCAAAAGUUCAACCGUGACUUGGCCAAGGUUAUUGACUCUCGUGGGGCUAAUAGCGAGCAGGAAUUCUCUGGACAUAUGAAGGAUGCGCUUCUCUUCCAGUUGGGCCACGCUGUCGACAAGUACAUGCACGCUGCUGAACUGCUGGAAGACACCAUGCGAGGCGCUGGAACCAAAGACUAUUUGCUUGUUCUUCGCGUAGUCCGGCUUCACUGGGAUCACACUAUGCUAUCCAACGUCAAGGCUGCAUAUCAACAACGCUACCGCCGAAGCCUGGCCAGUCGUAUCGACGGAGAGGUCUCUGGGGAUUACAAGAGACUGAUGCUAGCGUGCAUUGGCGAGUGGCGUUGA